AUGUGCUACGACCGCUACGUUGCCAUCUGCAAACCCCUGCACUACGGGACCCUCCUGGGCAGCAGAGCUUGUGCCCACAUGGCAGCAGCUGCCUGGGCCACUGCGUUUCUCAGUGCUCUGCUGCACACAGCCAAUACAUUUUCCCUGCCCCUGUGCCAGGGCAAUGCCCUGGGUCAGUUCUUCUGUGAACUCCCACACAUCCUCAAGCUCUCCUGCUCACACUCAGGAUAUCUCAGGGAACUUGGGCUUCUUGGGGUUAGUGCUUGUUUUUGUUUUGGUUGUUUCAUUUUCAUUGUUUUCUCCUAUGUGCAGAUCUUCAGGGCUGUGCUGAGGAUCCCCUCUCAGCAGGGACAGCACAAAGCCUUUUCCACGUGCCUUCCUCACCUGGCCGUGGUCUCCCUGUUUCUCAGCACUGCCAUAUUUGCCUACCUGAAGCCCCCCUCCAUCUCCUCUCCAUCCCUGGAUCUGGUGGUGUCAGUUCUGUACUCGGUGGUGCCUCCAGCACUGAACCCCCUCAUCUACAGCCUGAGGAACCAGGAGCUCAAGGAUGCCCUGAGGAAACUGAUGGCUGGAUUUAGAGGCAAUAAUAAAGUGUGUCUUUUCUUCUGCAUAACAUUCCAAAUGUAACUCAUUGAAAUCUAAGCCUUUUUUCUCCUAUAUGUCCCUUUUAUUGUCAAUACAUUUCCUUACUCUUUUUCUACUUUUAUAGUGUUAUCCACAAAUCAAUGGCAUUGCU